AUGGGCAAACCCAAAGACUAUGCACCAAUCCUCAACGGAGUCAUGUGGCCUCAGGUCAUUCUGGCUUGUAUAUUCAUCGCGCUCCGUAUAUAUACACGGCAUCGUAUCGUCCAAAAUCUAGGUUGGGAUGAUGUGGUUAUGGUAGUGAACCUGGGAACAUUCGUGGCGUAUGUCGUAACAACGUCUAUUGCAACCUACUACGGCCUUGGAAAAAGUACCAGUGAUAUCGCCCUCCUUGGACUCAAUCAGUCGCUGGCCAUCAUGUGGGAGGCUAUUUGCCAAGGCGUCUGCAUUAUGGGCAUAACCGUCUCUAAAGCGUCUAUUGCACUACUUCUUCUCCGUAUAGUUGUGAAGAAGUGGCACGUCCUCGUGCUAUGGGGCACAAUUAUCUCCACGACCUUGUUCUGCUGCGUUACUACAAUUUUGUUAUUUCUACAAUGCAAACCAGCGGCAUUCCUAUGGGACCAUUCUAUUGAGGGAGGAUACUGCUGGCUGACUUUUACAGAUAUCGCUUUAGCGAUGGGAGCAUGGUCAGCCGCUAUGGACUUUAUACUCGCAGCCUUGCCAUGGCACGUUGUGAUGGCAUUGAGUAUCAAGCGCAAAGAGAAGAUUACGAUGGCAUGCGGCUUGUCCCUCGGUGUGCUAGCUGGCGCAUGCUCAGUAGUACGGACAGUUGAGCUGAAAAGCUUGUCUUCUAUGGACAACUAUGCCUACGAAACCGCACCUAUGCUGCUUUGGUCUUCGUCAGAAGUCUGUCUGACUAUUGUCUGCGCUUGCAUACCCACUCUUCGUCCGUUAUUUCUCCACGUAGUCCGAGGUGGACGCGAUCGACCGAACGAACAGUCCUACACGCUUAACGAAAGUCCGCAUCAACGAUCGUAUACUUUCAAUGAAUAUUCGAAGCUAGGAAAAGAGAACAGCACAGACGAUUUGGAUACUCUGGGUAAUCGGGUCUACUCAAUUAAGGAGAUUCUUGUGGACAGUGAGCCAGUGAGAGGCACUCAAGACCUCACGGCAAUGAUGGAUAACCCACCAGGAUAUCAUCAAGAUGAAGAAACAAUGGUUGUAUUGACAACGUGCACACAUCAAGAUGAUGUGCCCUGGAACGGACUUCUGAAUGGAUGCCGAUAA